AUGUAUUUAGUUUGUGUUUUGUUGCAAGCCAUUUUUGUUGCGGUAUCCGCAUCGGUUUUAUUCCAAGACUGUGGUUCUGCAUACGAUCUGAGAACAGUGAAUAUCGAGGGAUGUACCAUGAGACCACCGUGCUAUGUUACGGUGGGAGAAGACGUUAAGGUGAAUUUGCAGUUUUCUGCGGGUGGAUAUUUCAUGUCACGCAAUCUGGAUCAGAAUGUCGUGAUAGAUAUAAACCAUUUAUACCUCCCUACCAAUGUCACUCCAGAACGCUGUGAAAUCGAAGACUGUCCAGUGGAAAUGGGUGCAUUUACAUCCUUUACUAGCAUUAUGUCAGUGCCGACCAGAGUACAAUUGAAUCAACGCGGUUUUCUAAGAUGGCGGAUCAGGAACGAAGAAGGGAGGCUAGUCCUAUGUUACACAGUUCUUGUGCAAACACAAAGUCCCUUACAGAAACUUAUUCGGCGAAACUUAUUGCAUAGCUUAAACAAUGCAGAGCCGAAUGCAGAGCUUAAACAAUCAAACUUUACGACUGACGUGUUUAUAUGA